AUGUCUGAUUACGGUGGAGACGAGGAAGCAUUCAACGACAACUUUGAAAACGCCUACGAGGAGGAGUUUGAGGAGCACGUUUCGGAUGUGGAGGAGAACGGCGAGGAGGUGAAGACGGACGUGGCCGAGGACGGACGUCAGAUCGUCAACGGAGAGGGCGUGGAGAACUUUGAAAAGGCUGUGCGACGAAAGACGGUCCGAGAACUGGCCAUCCCUCGAGAAGAGCGAACUACCACCCCAUACAUGACCAAGUACGAGCGGGCCCGAGUGCUGGGUACACGAGCGCUGCAAAUCUCCAUGAACGCGCCCAUUCUCGUGGACAUUGAGAACGCCACGGACCCUCUGCAGAUCGCCAUGAAGGAGCUGCAGCAGAAGAAGAUUCCUCUGGUGAUUCGAAGGUACCUGCCCGACGGCUCCUUCGAAGACUGGGGAUGCGACGAGUUGAUUGUCGAUCAGUAA